UAAUAAAAUAAAUUGAAAGCAGAUAAGAAUUUACAUUACCAUUAGUGUUUGCACUUUGAACUUUUUACAAGAAAAUUUUCAUUAGCAAUUUGUAAAAUGUUCUCUCAGGCACCGAAGCCACUGUCUCGCGUUUUUUCGCAGUUGCACAGGUUCCAGAGCACUUUGGUAAUUGCGGAACACAACAACAAUACGUUGACACCAAUAACUCGGAAUGCAAUCACUGCAGCUAAGGCAAUCGGCGGAGAUGUGUCCGUAUUGGUUGCUGGUAAAAAGUGCGGAGCUAUUAGCGAAGCCCUGUCAAAAGUUGAAGGUGUAACAAAGGUGCUGGUGGCGGAAAAGGAUGCAUUUAACGGAUUAACACCGGAAUCUUUAACUCCAUUGGUUGUCGCACUACAAAAUCAAUUCAAAUAUUCGCACAUUGUUGCCGGCGCGUCAGCAUUCGGUAAAAAUGUAAUUCCUCGAAUCGCUGCCAAACUGGACGUCUCACCGAUAUCUGAAGUAACCGAAGUCAAGUCGGCCGACACUUUUGUUCGCACAAUCUAUGCUGGAAACGCCGUAUUAACACUGAAAGCAAAGGAUCCCAUUAAGAUACUGACGAUACGCGGCACGAAUUUCGAAGCAGCUAAAGACGGCGGUAGUGCUGCCAUUGAACAAUGUCCUGAUGGUGAUUACAAUACGAAUUUAUCGGAGUUUGUGAGUCAAGAAUUGACCAAAUCCGAUCGACCUGAAUUGACAAGCGCUAAGGUCAUCAUAUCCGGUGGACGGGGAUUGAAAUCUGGUGAUAACUUUAAAUUAUUGUAUGACCUAGCUGAUAAGUUUGGUGCCGCGGUUGGAGCGUCACGUGCAGCUGUCGAUGCUGGUUAUGUGCCGAAUGAUUUGCAAAUCGGACAAACCGGAAAGAUCGUUGCUCCGGACUUGUACAUUGCUGUCGGCAUAUCCGGUGCCAUUCAACAUUUAGCUGGAAUGAAAGAUUCGAAAACAAUUGUGGCUAUUAAUAAAGAUCCAGAGGCACCAAUAUUCCAAGUUGCCGAUCACGGAUUGGUCGCCGAUUUGUUUAAAGCAGUUCCAGAACUUACUGAGAAAUUAUGAACAUGAUUUAGCGUGAAAUUACAACCGAUUGCAUUUUUAAUUACACAAAAGUUUGCACAUUU